AUGGCACCGACGUCUGAAAUACUAUCCUUGGAACGUCAAAUGGCAGAGUUCCUGCGGCGAAUCAAGCGUAUCCCGGGGGAAAGUGAGGGAAUCAAUGAUAGGCCCAAUGUCGCUUCAAAUCUCGGAGAACGGACAGCCAGCUUGCUGAUGCAAUGCGUACCAUCCGAUCACUCUGUGACAGAAGAGUUCUUUCCCCCGAUUCAUGAUAGCGAGGCUUUGCACUUACGCGUCGUCUUCCAGCCAAGCAAGACCGAUAUUUCCUGGUUUUGUGAAGUGGUACAUGACCCGAUGUUGGUGGACAGAGAAGCCGCGCAGCGCAUCGCCCAACAGUUCGCACACAUCUACAAGGAACUUGUGAGCCAUCUCAGAGGUCUGCAGGCAAGCAUCAGCGAGCUCUCUUUGCUAAGUGUGGCGGAUGAAAUUCAACUGAUGGAUUGGAACCAUGAUCCUCCGGCCAUCAUCGAUGCGUGCUUUCAAGACCUGGUCGCGACUCAGGUUCGUUCGGAUCCUGGACGAUUGGCUGUAUCGGCGUGGGACGGCGAGCUCACCUACGGGGAACUUGAUGAACUUGCCAUUCAGUCAGCGGGACGCCUGCUUGCACACAAUAUACAGCCUGGCAUGGUAAUUCCCCUAAUAUUUGAGAAAUCUCAAUGGAUGGCCGUCGCGAUGCUCGCAGUGGCAAAGGUUCGUGCCACUGCAGUAUGCAUCUGUAUCAGCCACCCGAUGGAUCUCAUCAAACGCAUUCUACAUCAGUCCAACCCUGCGAUCGUUCUUUCAUCACGAGCACAGGAACCAUUAUUGCGUCAGAUUUGUGAUUCUCCGGUGCUCAUCAUCUCGGAGGAUUUGUACAGCUCCACAUCAUCUUCGACGACGCAGCAGCCAGGGUUCACUCAAUUCCCCAUCGCCAGUCCGGACGAUGUAGCCUUCCUCGUCUUCUCGUCAGGCAGUACCGGUGUGCCCAAGGGCAUUGUCCUCAGUCAUCGAGCGAUAGCCACGGCGGGUCACUAUGUGGGCGAAAGGCUUCAAAUUACAUCUGAAUCACGUGUGCUGCAAUUCUCAUCGUACGCUUUUGAUAUGAGCAUCAUCGAGACAUGGCAGGCUUUGACACGCGGGGCCUGCCUUUGCAUUCCGUCCGAAACUCAACGCUUGAAUAGCAUGCCUGAGUUUCUUCAGCAGCACCGUGUGACGUGGGCGUUUUUCACCCCGACCACCCUCAAGAACUUUGAACCGUCUGAUUUCCCAACGUUAAGGACUCUUACCCUUGGGGGGAGGGCAAUCCCUGUGGACCUGGCUCGUCAGUGGGAGAGCCAUUUGAGUAUUUUCAACCUCUGGGGACCGGCCGAGGUUGGACCUGCGGGGGCUGGCCGGAUUUCACCGACGAGCGGGUGGACACCAGGAACUUUUGGCACGGCGGCCGGCUGCAUCGCUUGGAUUACGAUUCCCGAUGACAGUGACUCCCUGGCACCCAUUGGCACAGUGGGUGAGGUAAUCAUCGAGGGCGCUGUCGUCGCAGAUGGCUAUCUCAACGACCCUGCACGUACGCGACAGGUUUUCAUUGAUGCUCCUCGCUGGCGUCACCGUUUCACAGACAUUCCCGUCCAAGGUCGCUUUUUCAGGACGGGCGAUUUGUGUCACUAUAAUGUGGAAGGCACCCUUCGCUAUGUCAGUCGCAGGGAUACUGUCGUCAAAAUCCGGGGCCAGCGCGUUGAUGUCGAUGCUGUCGAGCUGCAACUCCGACAAUUGGAGCCGCAUGUCGACUUUGUCGUCAGUGCAGUCAAGUUCCAUGAUGACGCUAGUGCGAUGGCCCUCGUAGAAUUUCUCGUCGACCCCUCUGGAUUCGCAAUUGAUUGGAGUUCACAGCGGCCCUGGGAGAGUAUGACAACGCUCGAGUCCGGAUCGUGGGCUCUGAGCCACCACUACCAGUCGCUUUUGCGCCCUUACCUACCUCAAUACAUGGUGCCUUCCCUGAUCAUCCCGGUGAAAUCUUUCCCUCGAACAGCUACCGAUAAGGUGGACCGUCGCCGACUCUGUCAGUGCUUCCAGCAAUUCUCUUCUUCGCGGCUCAUGGAGUGGUUAGGAGGGGAUCGGUCUCUUUGCCUGACAGAAGCGGACUCAUUACCAAUGACACCCCAUGAAGACGCCUUAGUCGAGGCUAUCGUGAGUGUCUGUCGGAUCUCAGCGUCUUCGAUUGACUUGAGGGCUAGUUUCCCGCAACUGGGUGGCGAUUCUACGACUGCCAUUCGUCUCACCCGUGCUCUCUUGGCGUACAACCUGCGUCUUCAUACAGAACGUCUACUAGAUAUAGAAUGUAGCCUUCGAACCGUCGCGAAGGAGGCGAAGCCAAUUGAUGCAGUGACGCCAGCAGAGGGCCACCCGCCAUUCUCAUUGAUCGGGAUAGACGAUGCACGUGUCUUUACCAAUUUGCGCCGGUUAGCCAGCAAGGAAUGCAGGAUCCAGGAGGAGGAUAUUCAGGACAUCUAUCCGACAUCUCCACUACAAGAGGGCCUUCUGGCAGUCACUGAAAUUCACGGCGGCGACGCAUAUGUUGAUCGGGUUCUCUUCUCGCUCCCGGCGGACUGUCGCGUGGAUUUGGCUCAACAGGCCUGGCAAAAUGUGGUACAAGCGACCAGCGUUCUCCGGACUCGCAUCAUCCAGGCGAUUGAUGGUCGUACUUACCAGGUUGUGGUGAGCCCUGAACUGAAGAUGCAAUGGCAAUCGGCGAGCUCUGAGUCUCAAUUUUACGAGAAAGACCGGGCUCUUCCAAUGGGCUUGGGGUCGCCGCUAGUUCGGCUGACACUCAUCCACGACUCGGAAGCCAAAGGACAGCCUGUGAAGCUGGCUGUGACAUUGCAUCACUCUGUCUACGACGCUUUCACGCUUCAUGCGUGUAUAAAGCAAGCGGAGAAGGCGUAUAGGUCGGAAUUAUUAUUUCCAUCUGCGUUCGUCGGCUUCAUUCACCAUUUGGAACAGCACAAUCUAGACGACGAGAAGAAAGUUCGUGAAUUCUGGCAAAAGGAGAUGGCCGACUUGCACACCAAUACUUUUCCUGCCCUUCCAUCGCCGCAGUAUAUCCCGCGCACAAGCAGCUCGGUCGUUUAUGAGGGAUCUCGAGCCAAGGCAAACUCUUCGAAACAUACUAGUAGCCCGUCCGCCAAAAUUCGUCUCGCCUGGGCGCUGUUAAUCAGCUUAUACACAGACUCGUCAGAUGUUGUUUUCGGCACGGUCGUCGACGGUCGCCGCGGACUUGGCGUCGAUCUCGGAUCAGUACUCGGUCCUACCAUUGCCACACUCCCUGUGCGGACGACCAUCCGGCGCGAGUCCACAUUAGAGGAGUCUCUGGCGCAAGUUCAAGACAACAUGAAGAGAAUGAUUCAUUUCGAGCACACAGGCUUGCAACGGAUUCAGAUGAUGGGUCACGGUCCCAGUACGGCUUGCAAGUUCCAAAAUUUACUCGUCAUACAAGCCGAUGACAUGAUCCCCGAGUCCCCUAUUUUUGGCCCAGUUGAAGUAUGCGUUGGUUCCUCGAAUAGCUUCCCCGGAUAUGCGAUUAUCCUUCAAGUGACACCAUCGGAGACAUUAUGGAAGUUUGAAAUGCUGGUCGACGAAGCCGCCGUUCCCCGUGAUCAGGCAGAGCUCAUGUUGUGUCAAUUAAGCCACUUACUCAAGCAAAUCGAUGACAGCCACACCCAAAGUCAAACUAUUGCGCAACUGGAUCUCAUCUCUAAUCGUGACUCUGAAAUGCUUUCUACCUGUCUCACGAGCAUGCCCGCCUGCUUAGAUUCUACAAUUGUUGAUCUGGUCGAGGCUCAGGUGACCCAUCAUCCAUCCGAGUGUGCGGUUUCUGCCUGGGAUGGGGAUCUCUCUUAUGCAGAAUUACAAUCCAGUGCGCACCAACUGGCGCAGUGGUUACUACCGCUUGUUGUCAGUGAAGACAUUCAAUUUAUUCCUAUCUUGCUCGAGAGGUCGUACUGGGUACCCCUCUCAAUGCUCGCAGUGGCCAAGUUGGGUGUCGCCUUUGUCCUUCUGGACCCCAAUCAACCCCACGAGCGUAACGUAAGAAUAUGCCGUGCCAUUUCAGGAACUGUGGGAAUCACGUCAAGAAAACUGCAGAAUCUGGCAUCGACUGUAUCUGACGGACCUUGGAUUUCGCUGUCUACCGAAGCGCUGGCCUCCCACGCCGUUUCAAUGAGGACCAUUUCAUCCAUGCCAAAACCCAGUCCUCGCGAUCUCCUGUACGCUGCCUUUACUUCCGGUUCAACUGGUGAGCCCAAAGCAGUGUUGAUCGAGCACGCCUCCUACGCUUCAGCCAUUGUAGCACAGCAAAGUAAAUUGGAGAUAACUUCCAGUUCCCGAGUAUUGCAGCUUUCCUCUUACGCUUUUGACUCAUUUGCAGUGGAAAUCCUUACGGUGCUCGCUAGCGGUGGUUGUGUGUGCAUUCCUUCGGAAUCCGAAAUCGCACAGGACCUGGGCCGCAUCAUUCAGAAAUAUCGGGCCAGCUGGCUAUGCAUCACGCCUUCUGUGCUGCGGUUGUUGACCCCCGAGGACGUACCAAGCCUAUGUACUGUUGUUGCCGUAGGCGAGUCCAUGCUCCCAGGCCAGAUCAAGCAGUGGUGCAGUCGUGUACAUCUCUACUGUGGCUAUGGACCGACCGAAUGCUGUACAGGGGCUGCAGCCCAGCGCAUCACGUCCAAUGACGCUGACGCUCGACUGAUCGGGAAAGGUAUGGGAGCAAUCCUAUGGGUAGUUGACAAAGAAGAUGUCACUAGGCGUAUGCCAAUCAACACAAUUGGCGAGCUGAUCCUUCAGGGCCCCAUCGUCGGUCGUGAGUACCUGAAUAACCCUACAAAGUCGACUGAGUGCUUCCUGUCGCCGCCCUCGUGGGCACCACGAUUCAAAUACCGGCGAGCCUCGCGUAUGUAUCGCACGGGUGAUCUGGUCCGUCGCAACUUGGAUGGGACCUUCACUUUCCUGGGUCGCACGAAUCAACACACGAAGCUUCAUGGGCAACGUCUGGACCUGGCGGAAGUCGAACGCCACGUCUUGCGUUUCUUCGGGACUGAUACCAGCGGGAUUGCUGCGAUUCUGCAGCCUGCUGAUUCAGAUAUGCCACCGUGCUUGGUGGCCAUGGCCCACAUUCCAUCGGUGGCCGCCAAAGAACCGGGUCCCUCCAACAUGAAUGGGUCAUCAAAUGUAGCCUUCCAAUCUCAUAGUGACGACUUCAAGCUUCGAGCAACUCGUGUGCAACAAGAAAUGCGACAAAAAUUCAAUCCAGUCAUGGUUCCCGAGCUAUAUCUGCAGCUGCCGAAGAUUCCCUUGACGAUAUCAGGCAAAGUUAACCGACGUGCUCUCCUGAACAUGGCCAAUAAGUUAAGCCCGAUCGAUCUACACGAUCUAGGAUCACUGAAUCGCGAUGAGAACACGAGCACAGGGCUGUUAGAUCACACAGAUGACCCAGUUGCGUGGGCAUUGUCCAAUCACAUUGGUGAACUUCUACAACGUAAAACUGGCCAUGAAACAAUGGCAGCUGAGAUUGUUGGUCGCAAUAUUGUCUUGUCCCGUGUUGGUCUAGACUCCAUUGAUAUCAUGGCCCUGUCCCAGUUCGCCUCUCGAAGCUUCCAUUGCUCCAUCGCCAUGACGAAACUCUUUGACAGUUCUUUGACCGUCAGGAUGGUGGCAGAGAUGAUCAAUCGGUCAUCCAACUCAGUCCCGGAGAAAGCUCUCUCAUCCCCUGGCUGGUGGGACAGAGUGCAGUGUAUGAUACAUCGAAUCAACGACCUGUCUACCUGCCAAUAUUCUCAACAUACGAUACAUCCUCGGCCAUCAGGGAAACGUGUUUUCCUCACUGGGGCUACUGGGUUUCUUGGGACACAUAUCCUUCACCAGCUCCUGCUCAAAAAUGACGUUAGCACGGUCUAUGUGUUGGUGCGGGCGCCCUGUCCACGAAAGGGGCUCGCGCGCAUCAUUCAGGCGGCACGACUUGCCAGGUGGUGGAGGGACGACUGCCGACGUCUCAUUCAAGCGUGGCCUGGCGAUCUCUGCCAGCCUCACCUAGGUCUUGCUGAUGCACACUGGGCAACACUUUCCGGCACCGAAAGCAGUCAAGGACCUUCAAGUGGUGCAGUUGACGCAAUCGUUCACUGCGGAGCGGUCAUCCACUGGGGCUACGAUUAUGGCACUUUAGAGGCUGCAAAUGUUCGUAGUACAUUCGACAUACUGCAAUGUCUCAAUCACUCUCCAACACCUAUCGCCUUGACUUAUAUCUCUGCGCUGAUACCUGGUGAUGCUACCCUCGCAACAACGGACACUGUCGAUUACGCAGGCAUGUCAAAUGGCCACGAGCUCUUUCCUCCGAUUGAACUUACUGAUGGGUAUACACAAACAAAAUUUGCCUCAGAACAGCUGAUCAAAGCAUUUUCAGCGAGAAACAGGGCGCACUUCCUGACCAUUGUGCGGCCUGGCUUUUUGAUCGGGCCUGUCAAUAAUGCAGUCGCCAAUGGGGAUGACCUCCUCUGGCGUGUGGUGGCGACUGCAAUGACUACUUGCAGUUACAACGCGGACGAGUCUAAGAAUUGGCUCUUUGUGGCGGCAGUCGACUGGGUUGCAAGCUUGAUCAUCCAUGAAACACUCCAUGCUCGUCCGUCACCUCAAAGCGUCAAUGACAAUGGAAACCCUCUGGCACUCGCUGCAAAAACUGUCAGCCUAGGUGACGGGCUAAGCAUGCCAGAUUUCUGGCAAGCGAUCAGUUUGGGGCUCGGAAGAGAUCUGAUUCCAUGCUCCUCACAAGAGUGGAUGGACACAGUUGAGCGGCAGGUCGACGAGGUCGGCACGUCUCAUCCGCUGUGGCCGCUGAUGGGCUUCCUUCGCGCCUCUGGAGGCUGCCUGGGGGUUGCGCCUACUGAUCCCUUGCCUGUGCCUAUAUAUCAGCCGCCUUCUUUGACAAAUAUGAUUCGCCAGGCCGUCGUACGCAAUGCCGAAUACCUGGCGUCAAUUGAGGACCUGGCUACCUCUACAAUGCUGUUCAAACGGCGCAACAAAAUUGCUUCGGGCAACGAUACUAUCACCUCUUGA